GGAUCGAAGUACCUUGGCGAAAGGUGUCCCUUUUUCGGUGCAUCUUCAUCCGAGAUGCAUCGACCGAUGGAGUGUCUCGAUGAUCCCUGAUCUCCAGGAUGAUCCUCUGGUUCGGUCUCCUCUCCCUCCAACUCCCUGCCUCUCUCCCCAGCGUCGUCUUUGAAGAUGUCGGAGUACCAGGAGGAUUGUAUCCGAAGCAACCCAAGAUGGUGGAAGGCGUGGCGAAUGCCACGAUCCAAGCCGGAAAGGAAGCCGUCUUUAACUGCACCGUCGAGGACGUCGGAUCCUACAAGGUGUCAUGGAUGAAGCAGGAGCCGGAGACGUCGAUCCUGACGAUGGCUGACGACAUGGUCACCCGAAAUCCUCGGGUGACUCUGACUAGGAACCCGCCGAACGUGUGGAGACUACACGUGAAAGAGAUCCGCGAAGAAGACAGAGGCUGGUACAUGUGUCAGGUGAACACGGAUCCUGCCUCCAGCCAAUCAGCCUACCUCAACGUCGUCGGAAGUAAUGUAGGGAUGCUUCGAAUGGGGAAUAUUCUCCGGGGAGACUCGGGAGUCUACAUUUGCAAUGCUUCCAAUGGAGUCUCACCACCCGACAUCAUGAAGAUCCUUCUCAACGUGGAAUUUCCCCCGACCAUCUACGUGACGGAUUCCCUGAUCGAGGUCUACCCGGGACAGGAGGUGGUCCUCACGUGUCAGAUCGAAGCCUAUCCCCCUCCCUCCGUCUUUUGGGCCACCGAUGACGGCACUACUCUUAUAUCCGGAAUGAAGUAUGUGGUGAAAUCGAAGGAGGAGACGCCGUAUCGACUGAGUUCCUCACUGGUAAUCAGAUCGGUGAAUUCGGAAGAUUUCCGUAACUACGAAUGUCAUGCCUCGAACCCCCUCGGCGAAGGCAUCGGAUCCAUGCAGCUCAAGGUGGUCCCGAAGCCGGUGUCUCCAAAAACUGGGAGCGUUCUUGGAAAGGGGCAGGGGAAAGGGGAAGGGGCAAUUUUCUCGAUCCACCAAGACAUGAUGUUUGAUGAGGGGUUGGAACCUCGUUAUACUAUCAAAUGA